UUUCUAGAGUGCGUACAGUCGUCGCCAGUCUCCGGGAGCCCAAAGCAAGUGCCCCCACUGCCCCGGCGGCUGCCGAACCUCUGCUCCGGCGACUAGGUUCCCGCCUCCCCGACUCUGCCCCAAGCGAGCGCGGCACGCGUGUCGCCUUGGCUUCCUCUCUUCUGCUUCAGUCUCGCGCCGCCGGUUUCUAUCCUGCCGUCGCCCGGAGCUCAUCGUGCUGACCUCCAGUGACGCGCUGAAGGGAUCUGGGAACUUCGAGGAUGCUUUGCUGUGCUGGCCACCAGGCGUCCCUUCUCCUCUUCGCUCUGCUCUCUGUCUCCUCCCUUCUGCUCGUCGACGGAUCCCAUCAGGACCAGGAAUUCGGUGAAGCUGUUGGAUCCAGAAUUCUUCAAACAAAUCCAGACGCACAUGAGGUGCAUUGCUCAAGGGAAAGGAGCCGUGCAGCUUGGGAAGCUAUUGAUGAGUAUUUGAUGCCCUUCGUGGAAAAAGAAAAAUAUGAACUCCCAAGCAAAUGUAGACUUCGUCCUGAUAAUGACAUGUUUCGGGAGCAAGAGCAACAUAAGAUUCAUUUUGAUAUUAAUGAGUGGCACUGUGGCUUUUGCAAGAAAGCUUUCCGAGCAGAGAAGUUCAUUGAUCAGCAUUUUGAAAAUCGCCACAAGAAUCUUGUGGAUAAUAGUGAAGGAAGAUGCAUGGCAGAUCUAUGCGGCGCACUACAUUGUGAUCUGAUGAUGCAGUUCAAAAAACCAAAAAGUAAAUGCAAUGCAGCUGCAGCUACAAGGAAUCGUCAUCUUUGUGAGAGCCUUGCAGACAGUUGCUUUCCUAUUAAUCAAGGUCUUGCUGCCAGCCGUCUUCAUGAAUUUUUCUUGCGCCAGUUUUGUGAUGCUCACACUUGCAGUAAGGGAACAAAACCUUUCCCCAAAGGUGGCAGGAAACAAACAAACAGGUUAUACCUCGCUCUCUCCAUUUUGACGCUGAUACUUUUGCCGCUGUUCUAUCUAAUUGUGUUCCUGCACCAGAGGGAAAUGAGGAAAGGUACCCAAGAUCUAAAACGGUUUUCGAAAAUUGGGCAGAAGAAAAAGCCAUCCUAGUGUCCAACAGUCACAACGUUCUCGAGCUCAUGGAGCCAAGGAUGAGCUGGAUAAGGAACGUGGUAUGCAGUGUGAAAUGUUUUUAUGGGCAGGGAAGAAAUUUCCCUCAUUUCCAGGACGGGAACAAUGUCCGCAGGUCGAGGAAUGCUGGCUUCGACCUUUUCUUUUCUUUUUCUUUCUUUUUUGUUUCGACAUGUAGAUGCAAACUUCGAGAGGCAAGCAUGUGUGGUCUUUGUGAGAUUACGGCGAUAUUCUAUAUCGUCAACCAUAACCGAAGUCCUAUUGAUAAUUUAAGGAUUUUUGGGAGGCCUCAGGCUUAAAAACCAAUGUCAGUGAAUGUAGUAUGACUUCUAUCCAAUGUAAUGAUCAAUGUGUUGGUGAGGCAC